AUGGUAAAAGCAUGGGAAGAAUGGGAUGCCAAAAAUGGAUCCGAGAAUGAUCACCCAGAUUUUCCGGAGAAACAGUGUUAUGUAAUGUUUGUUCUGGAACAUGAAGGCAAAUACCUUGAAAGCUUCGUUCUUUUGAACUUUGAUGAAGCACGGAGCUUAUUGGUUCAGGUAAGCUAUAGGCUCUGUUUCGGGAAACAUUCUUCUAACUCGAGUACUCUGCCUUUUACUGUCGAAGGGAAGCAAGUUUCCAUCAAAACUUUUGGAGUACAGAUAUCCUUAAUCGACUUUACUCUUUCAAGAAUCAACACAAGUGAAAAGAUACUUUUUCUGGACCUUACUGCUGAUCCAUACCUCUUCAAAGGGACAAAAGGAGAUAAAGAAUCGGAAACUUACAGAAAGAUGAAGGCAGUUACCAAAGAUAGCUGGGAAGGACACUUUUCUCGAACAAACGUUCUUUGGUUAAUCUAUCUCGUGAUCUCUUACUGA